AUGCGCCGCCGUCGCCGCCGCCGCACCCCGGAGCUGCUGCCGCGCGCCGUCUCCGCGCCGGCUCCGCGCCGCGGGCUCCCUUCGCCGUCGCCGCCGGCCGUCUCCGUGCGGGCUUCGCGCCGCGGGCCCCCUGCACCGUCGCCGCUGCAGCCGCCUGCGACCUCCGCCCUGCGCUGCGCGCCUUGCACCACCGCAGCUCCGCGCCUGCGCGUGCCGUCGCCACUGUGGUGCCUCCCUGCGCGCGCCGCCUCCCUGCUCUCGCCGGAGCCCCCGCCGGCACCGGAGAAGUGGAAAAGGCCAGUUACUGUUGCUCAGUUUCUUGGGAGUGCUAAUAGUGGUCUGGGUUUCCAUCACAUUGAUGUGGAGGCCAGAGAUGGCAGGUUCAGGCACUGGAGGGGAUUCGACAACUAUGGGGUAUUUGUGAUUGAGGAAGGGGAAAUGAAUGAGGAAGGCAUCAUGGAAAACCUGAAGGAACAAGUAGACAAAGAUUGGCCCUGGCAGGUGAACAAGCUGGAAGAUUAUUGUUAUCUGAUUAAGUUCCCACCACAUAAGAGAGUGGAAAGUAAUGUAACUGAUAUCACAUACUUCUAUCUCAAAGGGGGUGUGAUGGCGUCCCUGAAAGUUUGGAAUGGAGACAUGGAGUCAAUUGGCCAGCUGACUGAGGUCUGGGUGCAAGUGAGAGACAUUCCACCAAAAUGGUGCGAUUGGGUCAUAGUAAAACAAAUAGCUUCCUGUCUGGGCAAGUUAGUGGAGGUGGAUUGGCACUCCUUGUUUGCUAGCUCCUUCAGCAUGAUCAGGAUUAAACUGAAGUGCAAAGAACCCAAGAAAAUUCCCCUGCAGAGAGUUAUGGAAAUGAAUGACAAGCUCUACUUGAUAAGCUUCAAGACAGAAGGUGUAGAACAAAUUCUGAAGUCCAAUGAUGUUGGUGAUGAAGGAGGGGAGGACAAAGAUGAGGACAAAGGUGACAAUGGAUUGGAGGAGGAUGAUCUCCUGGAGGAGGAUGAUCUCCUGGAGGAGGACACUAGUGGUGGGGAUGGUAGCAUAGAAACACCUGGAGGGGCAGCUGGCCCUAGCAGCAACUUGAACAAAGAAUGUGAUAAUGAACAUGAGGAGUCAGCAGCUGACUGCCUCAACCUCCUAUAUGCUAUGGAGCUGGAUGACAAAUCUGAGAGUGAGGAGGAUGGAGAGGAAGAGGGAAUGGUGUUAGAGGAGGAAAUGGUCAACUUACCAGAAGACUGGGUUUUCAAUCUGCAACAAGAGGGUGCCCAGGAUCAGGAGGGGAGUGGUGAUGCCCAAGCUGCAAAGGAAAGCAGGGUUCCAGUAACCACAGAUCAACCAGCAUCAGCUAAAGGUAAAAAAGCUAGGAAGGAACCAACUUGGGGGCCUGUGAUGGCAAUCAGGAGAAGCAAAAGGAACAUGAAUGAUGAUAGGCCUGUGAUGGAAAAGGUACAAGAAUUCAAGAAAAAAUGGAGCCCUGAUCAGCACAAAGGUAAAAAACUAUUUCCUCCCAAAGCUUUUGAUAAAUCUGCUCUUGUUUGUGUUGCCAAAAUUGUUGGCCUUAAGGUACCAGCCCUUGUGAGUCGUAUUAGAGAGUCCCAUGCGGAUAUAGUAGGUAUAAUGGAGACCAAGAAGGAGAGCUUUACUCCUGGCUUUCUGAAAUCCCUAACAGGUUUGGCUCCUUUUGACUGGUCCCUCCUUCUAGCCAGAGGGUCUGCUGGCGGGAUAUUGGUUGGGGCCAACUCUGACCUGUUCACUCUAACUGUGAGUGAUAUUUUGGACUUUUCUAUUAGUGUGUUCCUUUUAGAUAAGAAAACAGGGUUCUCGUGGAAAAUGGUUGUUGUUUACGGAUCACCCUAUGAGGAAAGGAAACAAGCUUUUCUAGAUGAUCUACAUCUAGUGCUGUCAAAGUGGGAUGGUCCUACUCUCAUUGCUGGUGACUUCAAUUUAGUUAGAUUUAGUAGUGAUAAGAACAAUGGCAUUAUUAACCACAGAUGGGCAGAUGCCUUUAAUGACUGGGUGAGUAGGUGGGCUCUGCUAGAGCUGAACCCAGCCAACAAAAAUUUCACCUCGACCAACAAUCAGGGGGAUAAUUUAGUUCUAGCCAAGAUUGAUAGAAUCUUUGUUACUACUAGUUGGGAGUCUGCUUUCCCACUAACCAGAGUCAAAGCUCUAGAGAGGUUACCAAGUGACCAUAAUCCUUUAGUUCUGGAUUCUGGGGAGAAUGCCUCCUUUGGCAAGAAAUGUUUUCGCUUUGAAAAAUGGUGGCUAGAGAAAGAAUCUUUCUAUAAUGUGGUUAAGAAAGUGUGGACCACCCCCUGCAAGGAAACAAAAAGUCUUGAUAUUUGGCAGUUUAGAGUCAGGUUAUUUAGGAAGAUGGUGAGAGGGUGGGCAGCUAAUGAAGUGGCAGCCUUGAAUAAAGAAAAAGUUAAUCUAGCUCUAGAAUAUAAUUUUCUAGAUAAAGAAGCUGAGUCUAGAAUACUAGAAGAGGGUGAGAGGAGAAGAUUGGAUGAUAUUACCAAGGAACUAGACAAGAUUUGGGCCCUGGAAGAAAUUAAAGCUAGACAGAGGUCCAGAGAUAGAAACAUUCUCGAGGGGGAUAGAAACACUGCCUAUUUCCAAGCGUUGGCUAACUAUAGGAGUAGGAAAAAGAGAGUGGAUAGUUUGAUGGGUCCUCAGGGACCAGUCUAUGACCAAACCGGAAUGAUGAAGAUUGCCCUAGACUUUUACAAAGACCUCUUUGCCAAAGAAGGUAGAGGGGAUCUGACUCUUAGCAGAGAUUUUUGGUCUCCCCGUGACCUAGUGACUGAGGAGGAAAAUGACAUCCUUUGUGCCCCCUUCUCAGAAGCUGAGAUUAAAGAGGCCAUCUUUAGCUGCUAUGCAGAGGGUGCCCAUGGACCUGAUGGGCUGCCCUUCUUGUUCUACCAAAAAUUUUGGGACCUCAUCAAAGAAGAUAUAGUUGGGAUGUUCCUGGAUUUCCAUAAGGGGGAGUUGUCCCUUAGUAGACUUAACUUUGCUAUGUUGACCCUCAUCCCCAAAGUUGAGGAUGCCAACAAUAUGAAGUUCUUUAGGCCAAUCAGUCUCAUAAAUUGCAGUUUCAAAAAAAUUUCGAAGGUCCUAACUUUGAGGCUGGGUAAAGUAUGUAACAAGUUGGUGGCCACUAACCAAAGUGCUUUUAUAAAAGGUAGGUACAUUUUGGAGAGUGUAGUGGUGGCCCAUGAAAUUGUUCACAGUGUUCACUCCUCCAAAUAA